CUUUGGAGAUGCUUACUGGCCGAAGUCUACUCACAGCAGCCUCCCCACGUCCCCUAGGCGACUGACUGGAGCAACACGUGAUGCGCUUUUACUUAUCAGGUUUAGGAGAGAGGAGAGAACAGCACUUUGAGGACGACCGGAGAGGAUAGCGAAAUAAAGUGCUUUUCCUCUCGCCUCUCAACUCUUUUUUCUGUUUUCCUCUUCAGGAAUUCAGAGAAAAGAGUGAGGGCAACAAAGUUGUCGAACUUUGCACAUCCUCAGAAACGCCAUUUUGAUUCCUCUCCGGAACAACUUUGCUGCUUCUUUUUUCUCAACCCAUCACCAGUCACCAUCAUCAGUAUGUCUCGGCGCAAGCAGCCCAACCCCAACAAAGUCAAACUGAUGGAGACCGCUUCAGAGCGCCCAGGGGGAGGAGCCAGCAAGGAGCUGACCUCACAGGAGGCGGAGCUUUCUGUGCAACAAGAGAACUCAGACUCAACACACGAUGACCUUACAGGGAGCAACGGAGCCAUGGAGGAGGAGGAGGAGGAGGAGGAGGAGGAGGAAGGAGGGCUGAACCGAGAGAACGGGAGGGAGGAGGUGGAAGGAGGGGACGGAGGUGUGGACCUCUCCUCCAUCAACGCCAUGAUGACCACGGUGAUGAAUGCCAAUCAGCUCAACGGAGUUGAAGACCCCACCUCCGCUAGCUCCACCCCCAGCAAGACCACGCCCACCAGAGCCCCGAGCAUCAGCCGCAACGCUCGGAAGAACCAGGAUGCCAAAGAUGACAGUUCAGCCUUUAUCUGCCCGCUGUGUGAAAAGAACUGUAUGACCCAGCACGGCCUCACCAUGCACAUCAGACAGCACAACUCUGAGAACGGAGCGACCGAUCACUCCUGCAGUAUCUGUGGGAAGGCCCUGAGCUCCGCCUCCUCGCUGGACCGCCACAUGCUGGUGCACAGUGGAGAGAGGCCCUACAAGUGCUCUGUCUGCGGACAGACGUUCACCACCAACGGCAACAUGCACAGACAUAUGAAGAUCCAUGACAAGGACCCAGUCAGCGCGUUACCCAUAAGCCCCCCCUCGCCCACUAAACGUAGACGACCGUCCGCAAAGAGGAAGUCAGGGCUGGAGGAGGAACUGGAGAGAGACGAGCCACCUAGUAAAAAGGUGCUGGAGGAGAGCCUGCUGGAGGACCUUGCCCGAGGAGAGGAGGAGCCAGUGCCCUGUCCCAUCUGCUUCAAGAACUUCAGCUGCAAAUAUGACCUGGAGAACCACAUGGACACACACCCCGACACCACUCUCAGGUGUGACUUGUGUUGCAUCUCGUUCCGUACCCACCGCGGCAUGCUGCGCCACAACGCCGCCAUCCACAAACUGCUGCCCUCUGACCCCAGCGGACACCCAUUCAUCCAGAACAACCCCUCCAUCCCCACCGGGUUCAAUGAUCUGGCUUUCAUCGACUUCUCCUGCCGCAAGUUUCCCCACAUUGCACAGGUGUGGUGUGAGACUAACCUGCGACGCUGCACCUCCAAAUUCCACCGCUUUGUCUGCGAGUCAUGUGACAAGGCCUUCCCCCUCCGCUCCGCUCUCAACCUCCACAAGACCACCACCCACCAGCAGGAACCUACUGCCCCCGCCCCCGCCCCUGCUCCUGCCAUAACUACCCCAGCCACUCAUGACGCUAGUGAGACCUCCGACCCGGAAGUGCCCUCAGCAGAGGGCCUGCCCCCUCAGCAGGCCAACUUCAUGUCAUCCCUGGGGCUGCAGCACGUGUCACAGGUUAAGCCCCUCCCCUCGGAGGAGGCUGAGCGGCAGGCUCAGCUGGACAGCAUCAAGGUGAUCCACGUGGAGCCCCCCCUCUCCUCCCUGCCCCAAGAGGCUGCAGCAGCAUACCUUGGGGGCCUGGAGGGGCUGGGGGGCCUAGCGGGGCUGGGGGGCCUGGCGGGGCUGGGGGGCCUGGCUGGGCUGGGGAUGCCUCUCCUGGAGGCUGUGGCCUCCUCGUCCUCCUCCUUCCAGGCCAUGUCCCAGAGGGAGGCCCUCAGCCUGCUCUCCCUGCAGCCCUUCCAGGGGGGCUUCCUCCUGCAGCCAGACGGGAGUGCCGUGGCCAAGCCUGUCCGUGGAGAGGGCGGGAUCAUGGAGCUGGCUGACAUACAGCAGAUCCUCAAGGUGGCUGCCGCCGCGCCCAAUCAGAUGGGGCUCCUCCCACCGCUGGCGAAGGCGCCGGGAUACAGUGGGGGGCCCCCCCCGGGUCAUGGUCAGAAGGCCAUGCCCCCCCUUAAGCCCAAGCCCCUGGUGACCCCUCGCUCCAGCCUGAUGGCCUCCACGCCGCCCCCUCUCCAGAGCACCCAGCUGGCCUCCCUGGGCUGCAUCAGCCCCAGCCUGCCCCCACCCACCCCCAGCCACCUCCACAAGACCCCCCGUCAGACCUCCUCCUCCUCUUCCUCCACCUCCUCCCUCGGAGGACAGAUGGAGGCAGAGUGCAUGGGCGACGCCCACAUGCCGGCCGACUUGACCGAGGCGCAGAUCAAACUGGAGGAGGCGGGGGGCCCGGGCGGAGCGGGCGGAGCCGGGAAGAAGGCGGGUGGCGGAAAAGGCGCGGGAGGAGGAGGAGCCAAAGCCAUGUACCCGUGCCGCUUCUGCGACCAGGUGUUUGCCUACUCCGGGGUCCUGCAGGCCCACAUGCGCUACCACCUGGGCAUCCUGCCGCACCAGUGCAACAUUUGCGACUACGUGGCGCCCGACAAGGCCACGCUGAUCCGCCACCUGCGCACGCACAGCGGCGAGCGCCCCUACGUCUGCCGCGUCUGCCACUACCCCUUCACCGUCAAGGCCAACUGUGAGCGCCACCUGAGGAAGAAGCACGCCAAGAACUCCAGGAAGGAGAUCGAGAAGAACAUCAAGUACGUCACCGCCACGUCCGGGCCCGGCGGCAACGUCACCACCACCACCACCCAGGAAGCCCUGGAGCUGGGCUCGUCGGGCGAGACGCUGUGCAGGUUCUGUGGCGAGGACCUCAAGACGUACCGGGCGCUCCAGAUCCACCUGAGGACCCACAACGGCUGCCAGAGGAAGCCGUUCGAGUGUCGCCGCUGCGGAGCAGCGUUCCUGGCCAAGAGGAACUGCAUCCACCACCUCCUCAAGCAGCACCCGGAGGUCCAGGAGAGGGAGAUAGAGGAGCACAUCGCCACCCUCAUGCCCGCUGCCACCACUGGCACCACACCGGUCCCCAACGGCCUCCCCCCAGCCCCCACCUCCUCCUCCUCCCUGCACUCCUCCCUGCCGGCGGUGAAGGUGGAGGACCUGAGCGUGUACCAGGUGCCGGGGGUGCUGGACCAGCCCCUGGACUUCUCCAACAAGAGAGGAGGUGGAGGCGGGGGGAGCGAGGGCAGCAGUCUGGCUGGCAGCCUGUCAGAGUCUCCUGGGAUCAAGAUGGAGGCCCUGUCCCCCUGCUUUGACGCUCCGCUGGACCAGCCCAUCGACCUGUCCAUCCCCAAACACCCCAGAAAGAAGCUGCGCAUCGAGGCCCCCUCGGGAGGGGACCGGAGGGACAUCAAGAUGGAGCAGAGCUCCCACAGUAUCCUGGAGCUCCAGCAGCAGGGGGGGGAUGACAGAACAGCCCCCCAGCCCGGCUGUUACCAGCACCCCCUCAACACCAGCCUGAUCGCCUCUGGACGAGGCCCCCGACUCAAACCUCUGCUGCCUAAACCAGCAUCAUCAUCCUCGAAGGAGCCUACUCCCCUGGCCUCCAUCGCUCAGAUCAUCUCCUCUGUGUCCGGACCUCCAGCUCUUCUGAAGAGAGAGGCCAGUCUGGACACCAAGCUGCCCAGCGGCCUCACCCCUAUCCUGGCCACCGAGGCGGCUGAGCUCCAUGGCGGAGGGCUGGAGAAUCCUGACCGAGCAGCAGCCCCAGGCGAGGAUAGCAUCCAGCCACCAGAGGGCCCCGCUGCCAAAAAGAGAGGCAGGAAGAAGAGCAGCCACGUGGGACGGCCCCCUGCGUCCGCACACCCCAAGCCUGAGCCUGGCAUCAACACUGGCAGCGGCAUCGACUUGGAGUCCAGCGGCGAGUUUGCCAGUGUGGAGAAGAUGCUGGCGACCACCGACACUAAUAAGUUCAGCCCCUACCUGCAGACCGGCAUAGGGGAGCAUGUAGGCCGGAGGGAGGGAGGAGAGGAGAAGGAGGGGCAUGAGGAGAGUAAGCGCUCUCCAGGGGCAACGAAAGGAAAGAAGAACGCCUACUCCAACUCUGUCCAGAAGAUGACCUGCCCCUUCUGCCCGCGAGUCUUCCCCUGGGCUAGCUCUCUACAGAGACACAUGCUCACACACACAGGCCAGAAGCCAUACCCGUGUCCCAAGUGCGACGCUUUCUUCUCUACCAAGUCCAACUGUGAGCGCCACCUGCUGAGGAAACACGGCGUCACCAACCGCUCGCUGCGACGCAACGGCGCCGUGGGCAAGGGCAAGGACGGGGAGGACGGCUCGCACGACAGUGGAGAGAGCCAAUCAGAUGGUGAGAUGGGGGGCAUGGAGGCUGUGGAUCUGAGCAGUGGGGAGCAAGGCCAGAGGCCAGGCUCCAGGAGCAACCUGGACCCGGGCCACGAGGCCCAGCACGGGGUAGCAGAGAGAAGAAGCGGCCCUGGUCACAGCCACAACCAGUCGAGCCUCCACACUGACGACGAGGACUCCCAAAGUAACAAGAGUCUGGACCUCAACUUCGCCAGCAAGCUCAUCGACUUUAAGUUCUCCUCAGGGGGAGGGGCGGAGGGCCAGAACUCCCAGUCCUCCUCUUCCUCCUCUUCGUCGUCAUCCUCGGUGGCGGGGGAGGAGCCGGAGAGAGCCGGCCAAUUGCAGGAGUCGGAGGUGAAGCUCAGCUGCAAGGUGUGCAAGAAGAGCUUCCGCUACGCCGCCACGCUCGCUCGCCACGAGAGGGCACACCUGUGCGAGGGGUCGGAGGUCGGUUUCUCCCUGAACUCCUCCGCCGCCGUCACGUCCCCCGCCGAGGACGAAGAGCUGGAGGAGGACGAUGAAGAGAUGGAGGGAGACGGAGAGAGAGGGAGCGAGGGAGGAGAGAGCGACUCGGAGGGGGAGGACAAAGAGAAGGGGGAGAGAAGCGACGAAGAGGAGGGCGGAGCGUCAGAACCAAAGAACGGCGAGGGAGAUGCCGGGGGCGGAGCCGGCAAGGCGGACAAGAGGAAGAAGAUCUGCAACGUCUGCAGCAAACGCUUCUGGUCUCUGCAGGACCUCACCAGGCACAUGCGCUCACACACAGGUGAGCGUCCAUACCAGUGCCAGGUGUGUGAGCGCACCUUCACCCUGAAACACAGCCUCGUCCGCCACCAGCGGAUCCACCUCAAGCCGCGCAGCGCAGAGGGGAUGGACGCCGGCGAUGUCACCGGCUUGGACGUGGCCGACGAUGAGGGCUACAGCGGGCGCUCGGGCAGCGAAGGGGAGUUCACCCCCACCAGCACCUGCCCCCCCUCGGAGAACGAGAGCGAGGGCUUGAGAGAGGAGGGGGGAGAGGGGGAGCACAGUCCACGGAAAGGGAGGCCCCGGUUUGAACCGGAAACGCCAGCCAGUGAGCCAGUGACAGAGUUUGAGCAGAGCUCGGAACCACCUUCAGAACCAGUCAUGGAACCCGAGUUGGAGCCGGCUGAGCAUGCUUCUGAGAGUGGGUCUGUGGAGGACGCCUUUGACCCUGCUGCAGACACACCCACUGACCCAAAACUCUCUACCGACACAAGUGUAGAACUGGCUGCAGACACAGCCGCAGAAGGUUCUGCAGACACAAGUGUAGAACUCCCUGCAGACACAGCCGCGGAAGGUUCUGCAGACACAGCUGCAGAACUCCCUGCUGACACAGUUGCAGAAGCUGCAGCUGACACAGGUGCAGAAGGUGUUGCAGACAGUGUUGCGGACACGGCUGCAGACAGUGUUGCAGCUCCAGACACGGCUGCAGACAGUGUUGCAGCUCCAGACACGAUUGCAGACAGUGUUGCAGCUCCAGACACGGCUGCAGACAGUGUAACAGCUCCAGACACGGCAGCAGACAGUGUAGCAGCUCCAGACACGGCAGCAGACAGUGUUGCAGCUCCAGACACGGCUGCAGACGGUGUUGCGGACACGGCUGCAGACAGUGUUGCAGCUCCAGACACGGCUACAGACGGUGUUGCGGACACGGCUGCAGACAGUGUUGCAGCUCCAGACACGGCUGCAAACGGUGUUACAGUUUCUAAACCAGAACCCGCUCAAACACCGGAACCAGCCCCAAAGACUCUUGCUGACCCCGCCCCCCAAGCCCCAGCUGCUGGCGUGACACCGGAGAGCUCCAAAGAAUCCUCAUCCUCGUCCCCCAUUGCUGCCCCUGAGAUGGCCCCCUCUGCCCUCCCCACCCCCGACCUCCCCUCGGAAGGCUUCAUCCAGGGCCUUCUGGAGAUCCACGCCAGCCCCUCCCUGGAGCACAUCCUACCCAGCGGGGAGCCUCCUCUGGUGGGUGUAGAGUGAGGCAGCAGCCCCCAUCCUCCUGUCCUGCUUGUCCCUUAUGCAGCGGAGGUCUCCUGUGGGACACCACAGUGCCAUAUGAUGGAGGUUCUCCUCCAGGAUGCAAAACUCUCUGAUCCAUGCAGAGAAACUUUGCCUCCAAGUGCCUUAACUACUACACCUGUGGGUUGAUCAGCUGUUUUGUUGUUGUAAUUUUUUGCUAUAUCUUUAUCUACAUUUACCCACCCGGAGGAUCUAAUUUUUUUAUAGCUUUUUAUGAUGAUGAUGAUGAUGAUUUACAUAAUUUUUGUCAGGGCCGGGGAUCUUGCUAUACUGAGAUAAAUUAAUUAUUGAAUAAUAAGCAAUAUAUGGAUGAGUUUAAUGUUGGCUGGUGCUAAGGCUCCGUAAAAUGGAGGGAGCAGCCGUCUGUGUGUGUGUGUGUGUGUGUCACCCUGUGAUGGGGGCCUGAGCUAUGUAACUGGAAACACACAAACACAUGGAGAGGUAAUCUUAGUUCUACUUCCUGAUACGGUGUUGGUGUAUUCUAUGGAGCAACCUAUUGUUCUGGUGAGGAUGUUUUGUUGGCCAACAUUUCAGUUAGUCAGCUUUUGGAAACAUUCAAACAAGUAUGAACUAAUUUGAUCAUGCGUGUGUCUGAGCUGGGGGGGCCUGGACAUCAGAUGGGGAUUUGAACCCAGACUAGAGAACAGACAGGCCUCAGUUGAACCUUGUUUUCUUUUAUGUUUCUUUUAUUUUUAUUAUCAGACAUUCUUCUCUUUCUGAUGGCUUGGCUCUUUCCCUGGACACAAUAUGGGCAAUAUUUGCCCCUGACUGUGUGUGUGUGUGACGAUGUGUGUGGAUCACAAUCAGGAUCAUUCUCAGUCUGUUCUAUGACAGUGUGCUAUGAUGGAAUAUUCUCACUGUGUGUUGUUGUGAGCAAUUAUGGUUUAAUUUUACUUCACAUGAACAAAAGGGCUAGGUGUGUGUGUGUGUGUGUGUGCGUGUGCAUGCAUUGCUCACCUGUCUGUCGCCCCCUACAGUCUGAAUGAAAGUAUAGAGAGAUAGGGGUAAGGAGGGUUUGAGUCUUCCAUACUUGUUGGCCCAGACAAGCAGGAGAAGUGAGGGUAUUGGGGGUGGUGUAUCAACAGUGAGGUGGAACACUAGUUAGUUGUUUUGUUUGAAUCGUUUAUUGUUUAUUUCCUAGUCUUGUGUACUGGAACCGUGUCGCCCUGCUGCCCAAAAUCUUAUAUUUCAAAAGGGGGUAAAAUGUCCCCCAACGACACAGACAGGAUUAUUUUAUUUUAAUUUUUGAUGCAUCUACAGCUACAUUUGCUGUAUAUUCUUUUUUUUUUUUUUUUUUUUUACAUAUAUAAAGGAACCUCA